AUGAAUCUGGUAGGAACUUCUGGUCCUGCAACGGACAGUCAAUUGCCUGAUGUGCAAAGUGGGACUUCCAACGUUGUGCCUACUAAUGGGGAUCCAAACGUCGGUGAUCCCAAUGCGGACAAUCUUAAUGUAGGAGAUUCCGUCGAAACGAGUCCUAACACUGAUAUUGCUUCCGCCACUGAUCCAAACAUUGUCGACCCUUCAAUUGAUGAUCCUAAUGUUGAAACUCCUAGCACCGCAGACCCUAACAACGGGGACCAAAACAUUGCGGACUCUACCACUGCAGAUCUCAACAUUGACGGAUCCACCGUCGAACAAGCACCGUCCACUAGCACUCUGGAUCCUCCUAUUGCUGAGCUUUCAGCUGACGUAAAUGUUCUAACAAGUACUGAGCCACCAGUUCAACGAACCGUGCGGCAAACAGCGGCACAGCAAUCUCAAACUCAAAUUGAGCAACAGCCCAUGUUGACCCAAGCAGGGCAGUAUGCGAAACAACUCAUACCGCAACCAAUGCAACCUAUGUGGCAGCAGCCUAUGCGACAGCAGUGGCCACAGCAUCAGUGGAUACAGCAACAGUGGCUACAGCAGCAUUGGCCACAUCAGCAGUGGCCACAGCAGCAUUGGCCACAUCAGCAGUGGCCACAGCAACAUUGGCCACAACAGCAGUGGCAGAAUCCUGGGCAGCAACCACCUAUUCGACAGCUUCAUUCUAGUUACGGUAUUCCAGGGAUUUAUGGUACCCAAACAUAUGUGUCGGAAUAUGACACCCACUACUAA